AUGGCAACUUCUACACAAUUAUCCACGUCUCCUAUCGCUCAACACAGUGACCUGGAGUCUCAGAACUUAGUUCUCGAAACGAGAGAAGGCGAGCAGUCCGCCAUUGGUGUUGUAUCUGAUCAGCAACCAGCUCAACCAGAGGAUGGCGUACCAGUUGACGCCAACAGCGAAGCUCUACAUGGAGCGAUAAAGCCUGACCUUUCCGCGGAGACUUUUUCUGAAGAAGUCCUCGAUGCGAUAAAGAAGUUACAUAAGGGCUGGGAUGACUACGUGAAGCACGAUAUGAACGGCAAGUCUCUUUCGCACGAUAAUAUAACCUAUUCGACACGUAUUCUGCGUCUAUAUGAGAGAUCAAUGUCGCUGGGGUCAAGAGUUGCACAAAGUGACUUCUUGUCGUUCAUGAUUCAGUCAUAUUUCCGGCUGGUGGAUGACCGUUUAUUCGCACUCGAAAGGGGUAUUGCAACCCAAAAAGGCAGUCCAAAUGCAGGCGAAGAAGAAAUGUGUCAAAAGACUGACAAGGGUGACGAAGCCGAAAGAGCCUUCUCCGAGGCCACGAUCCCAAACAAGAACCCGGUCCUGUGGCGGGACUUUAAACGAAAGGAGGAACAGGAGAAGAUUAGCAAUGUUCAUGCCAUCGACGUCCUCAUAGGCGAGGUGGUCAUUCCACAUAAUAUCUGGCCGAAUUUCCAUGCAAGAAACACCCUUUACGAUAACGAAACUCCGAAGGAUGCUCCGAUUACAGCAAACGCGUCGCAACUGGCCGCGGGGGAUUAUACGUCAAUGCCGGAUCGGAUCCGCAUCAACGGAACGUCCCUACAGAAACUACUGGAGAAGGUUCUGGAUUUAGAGCUCUAUAAGGAGGGCUCACCGAUUGUCUUGCUCAAACCAUAUAAGAUUCUUGCACAGCAUGAAAAGACAAUCCGUGGUGUCCACGCUCAGUUGCGAAGGAAAUUUGGGCCGACCCCCACCGGGAGAACCGUCCCCGACCUCGACUUCGAGCCAGAAUCCCGGCAGCUCUCAUCGGUUUCACCAAGGCGGGAGCUCUCGCGACGAGGAAGAAGAGAGGAUGCACUGGAGAAGGGCUCCGUGGAGAGAAUCUUCUACUCAGACCUCUGGCAUAUCUUUAAUCCUGGACAAGUAGUGAUAACCAGACAAGAGCCUCUUCAUGCCUAUCGGGUGCUUUAUGUCACUGCCGGUCGCCCAUACUUAUCGCCCCCUGCAUUGGAAGGUGAUGAUUCCGGGGAUGGGUACAAAGUCCCAGCCAAAGAGAGUGACCUUCUUGUCCACUGCUACCAGAUUCAGUUCGAUGGGCAAAGGUUUGGCCCGGUCACUCAUACCUUCAACAUCCAACCAUAUUCUGGGCGGCUCCGAGUUAAGGACCUGCCCAUUUAUCCCCUCCAAUUCGUCGAAGACCCAAAGGUCCUCAAGGAAACUCUGGUAUCUAGUGGUCGGAAAUUCUUGAGGGUUUCAAAAGGCACGCAUCUGCAAUACAGCGGACCGAAUCUGCAUGAGGGAGAAGAACUUGACAGCGAAGUCAUUGUGGAUUUUCAGACUGCGAUCUGGGACAACCGGGAUGAAGAUCCAAUUGGAAUUAUAAAGAUAAAGGAUUUCAUAGCCCAGAAUAAAUUGCUGACCACGGACACUCGCUAUCUCGAUGACAACCCGGAAAACGUGCCAGAGGAGGAUCUUAUCCUUUUCCCCAACCGAGUCUUCGCAUUUGUGCUCAAAGAUCGAAAAUGGGCGGUGAUUGAUCUCAACUACGUUGACCUCGAUGCUGGCGCCGACAAACCGAAGGAUCGUGGAUGGAACUCGUUGGUGUUGCCCCUUGGUCACAAAAAGAUGGUUCAAUCGCUUGUCCAAGCGCAUUUCCGUCAUCGUCGUGAGGAAGCACUGGAUCGGAACUCACAGGCGGAUCUUAUCCGAGGGAAGAGCAAGGGACUUAUCAUUCUCCUCCAUGGUGCACCAGGAGUGGGGAAAACGUCAACUGCUGAAUGUGUCGCUGAGCUUUGUAACCUGCCACUGUACCUCAUCACCUGUGGUGACCUGGGAAUCACAGCCACCGACGUGGAAUCUCGCCUGAAGUAUAUAUUCACUCAAGCGCAGAAGUGGAAAUGUGUUCUCCUAUUAGACGAGGCCGAUGUCUUCCUGAGCCAGAGAGAGACCAAUGUGAAGCACAAUAGCCUGGUUUCGGUCUUCCUACGCGUUCUCGAUUAUUACCAGGGUAUCCUCUUUCUCACCACGAAUCGAGUCGGCAAGAUCGACGAGGCCUUCCGGUCCCGCGUCCACAUCAGUCUCUACUACCCCCCGCUCGACAAGAGCUCCACGCAGAAGAUCUUCACCGAGAACAUGAACCUGGCCGAGAAGCGUGGCAAGAGCGUGAUCCGGGUCAACCGGGACGAGAUCCGCGACUUCGCCCGGGAGCACUACCGGAGCAACGACCCGCAGCGCCGCUGGAACGGCCGCCAGAUCUGCAAUGCCUUCCACAUCGCCAUCGCCAUCGCUGAGGACCGGGCCGCCGAGAAAAAUGCCAAGGCCGCCGCGGAGGGCAAGGAGCGGAGGCAUACCCCGGUCCUCAAGGCCGAAUACUUGAGGAUGGUCGAAGCGGCCUCCACGCGGUUCGACGACUACCUGCACACCGUCCACGGUAUGGGCCAGCAGGACCUCGCGAAGCAGGGCUCAGCCCGCAGGGAUGACUGGGAGGAAGACCGCGACCGACGAGACAAUCGGAAGUAUCAAUCCAGUCGUGCAGCCGACUCCCGGCGGCGAAAGGUAGAGGAAUCCUCAGAGACUUCGAUGACGGAAUCCAGCGAGGCAGAGAGCCAUAAGCAUACUUCGUCAGAGAAGGAUAGCGAUGAUGACUCACAGGGCGGGAGAAAAGAGGAAGUGGAGCCUUCCAGCUCAGAUGAAGAACCCUCGUUGCGAGAGUCGCGAAAGCGCUCAGAUCGAAAGAAGGGUUCGCAGACCAAAGAACGUAAGAAUGAGCCAGGGGAGACCCGAAAGAAUGGUACGCGAUCUUCGAGAAAGAAUAGAGACAGUCGCUAG